AGACAUCUUGCAUGUUUUAGUCUAAGAGAACGGAAUUUAUUAUAUGCAUUGGGCCGAGGCGAUCUAGAAAGAAAUCUUUUCGUAACAUUAAUUGUGUAUUUUUUUUAAAAUCGGGACUAAUGCAUGAGAGUCUAUAGGCGGCUAAACUGAGCCUCGCGUGAGUAGAUUGAGUAGACCCCUGAGUAGAUUGUCUCUCCCGGGGCUCUUGAGCCGUAUUGUGCGUCAUUUUCAUCGCUGCAUUUUGUUUUUCCAUCGAGGCAACAUGGCAACUCCAGCCGCGGUCAAUCCAUCGGAGAUGGGCAGUGAGUUGCCGGGGGCAGUGUCCAUGCCCGGGGCGGUGGUGGGGGCAGGCCAGGUGAGGAUGGGAGGAGCCUUGACCGGACGCGGGGGCAAGCGGAGGUCAGGAGGGAUGGAGUUUGACGACGAGGAUGGAGAGGGGCCGAGCAAAUUUUCAAGGUAUGAUGAUGAUCAGAUUCCAGGUGAUAAGGAGAGAUAUGCCAGAGAGAACCACAGCGAGAUAGAACGCCGACGUCGCAAUAAGAUGACGCAGUACAUCACCGAGCUGUCUGACAUGGUGCCCACCUGCAGCGCUCUGGCACGCAAGCCCGACAAGCUGACCAUCCUGCGCAUGGCCGUGUCCCACAUGAAGUCCAUGAGAGGCACGGGAAACACGUCCACAGACGGAGCCUACAAACCCUCCUUCCUCACUGAGCAGGAACUGAAGCACCUGAUUCUGGAGGCAGCGGACGGCUUCCUGUUUGUGGUUGCCGCGGAGACGGGCCGUGUGAUCUACGUGUCGGACUCGGUGACGCCGGUGCUGAACUACACCCAGUCGGAGUGGUUCGGCAGCACGCUGUACGAGCAGGUGCACCCCGACGACGUGGACAAGCUGCGGGAGCAACUCAGCACCUCCGAGAACUCCAUGACAGGGCGUAUCCUGGACCUGAAGACGGGCACAGUGAAGAAGGAGGGCCAGCAGUCCUCCAUGAGGAUGUGCAUGGGCUCCCGACGCUCCUUCAUCUGCAGGAUGAGGUGUGGCAGUGCUCCCCUGGACCACAUCUCUCUAAACCGCCUGUCCAACAUGAGGAAGAGAUACAGGAAUGGCCUGGGACCAUCUAAGGAAGGAGAGGCCCAGUACUCUGUGGUGCACUGUACCGGUUACAUCAAAGCAUGGCCCCCUGCAGGUAUGACUAUACCAGAAGAAGACACAGAGGCUGGUCAGACCAGUAAAUACUGCCUGGUGGCCAUCGGGAGACUGCAGGUGACCAGCUCUCCCGUCUCCAUGGAUAUGAAUGGCCUAUCGGUGCCCACAGAGUUCCUGUCACGUCACAACUCCGACGGCGUCAUCACCUUUGUAGACCCUCGCUGCAUCAACGUGAUUGGCUACCAGCCUCAGGAUCUCCUGGGCAAGGACAUCCUGGAGUUCUGUCACCCCGAGGACCAGAGCCAUCUGAGAGAGAGCUUCCAACAGGUGGUGAAGUUGAAGGGGCAGGUUCUGUCGGUCAUGUACAGGUUCCGUAUGAAGAACCGUGAGUGGAUGUUGAUCCGGACCAGCAGCUUCACCUUCCAGAACCCCUACUCCGAUGAGAUCGAGUACAUCAUCUGCACCAACACCAAUGUCAAGCAGCUUCAGCAGCAGCAACAAGCAGAGCUGGAGGUUCACCAGAGAGAUGGACUCACAGCCUACGACCUGUCCCAGGUGCCGGUGUCCGGUGUGGGAGGUAGUGUCCAUGAGACGGGGAAGAGUAUCGACAAGACGGAGGCCCUGUUCUCCCAGGAGAGAGACCCACGCUUUGCCGAGAUGUACACAGGCAUCUCCAACUCGGGGGAGAAGAAGAUGAUGGUUCCAUCCUCCACUGCAGGAGGUCAGCAGCUUUACUCCCAGGGUUCUCCCUUCCAGCCGGGACACUCUGGAAAGAGCUUCAGUUCCUCUGUCAUCCAUGUCCCGGGGGUUAAUGAUAUCCAGCCGUCAGGAUCGUCCAAUCAGAACCUAGCCCAGAUCUCUAGACAGCUGAACCCUGGACAGGUGGCCUGGUCAGGAAACAGACCCCCGUUCUCUGGACAGUCCAGCAAGGCCCAGUCCAGCCCUUUCGGGAUUGGUUCUGGUCACAGUUACCAAGCCGACCCGUCCUCCUACAGCCCCCUGUCCUCCCCAGCAACUUCCUCCCCCAGCGCCAACGCCUACUCAGGACUGACCAACCGCAGCACAGCGUUCGACGUGUCCGGGGAGAGCAGUCAGAGCGGGGGUCAGUUCCAGGGCCGGCCCAGCGAGGUGUGGUCCCAGUGGCAGAAUCAGCACCACGCCCAGCAGCCUGGAGAACAGCACUCACACACAAACCCCAGCCAGACAGAGGUGUUUCAGGACAUGCUGCCCAUGGCCGGAGACCCUUCUCAGGGAGCAGCCAACUACAACAUCGAGGACUUUGCUGACCUCGGCAUGUUCCCGCCCUUCUCCGAGUAGAACCCCCCCCCACACACACACACAUACACACACGUUCUCACAGGGGGAGCACGGACUGCGAAGGAACAGGACGGAGAUCUCUGUGUGUCCACCCUUCGUAGUUUUCAUCCUCUCUCUCUCUCUCUCUCUCUCUCUCUCUCUCUGUCUCUCUCCUUCACACACUCAUACACACACAGAGUUUAUGUUCCCACAGUAUGGUGAAUGACUGGGUACACCUCACACACACAUCACACACUCACGCUAUGUCUGUGGACUUCAAGGCCCGCACCUCUCGCUCUCUCAUACCUCAUCCCUGCUGUGGCGUCUGUGUUCACAGGAGGGCGUUACAUGCCCCUGCCUGUCACACACCAGCUCUCGAACGACGGACAUUUUCAGGCACUCUUUCAACAGCAAACAAUCGAGUUCAAAAGGUGAAAGGUCGAGACUCCGAGCUGAUUAGCAAGCCGGAGUGGCAGAGCUGGAGUUUGAUUGGUGAGGACGGGCGAGUCCAGCUCCCACCCUCUGUCCUCUGGCCACGCCAGUGCUACCCAUCACGCCUGGAAGUGAAAGUCCUGUUGAUUGUAUCUUCAAAUCUGCCAAUCUUUUGUCUUACACUCUGUGUUCCACUGUUCAGCCAAACGGUCCCUGGAGCAGAGGGGUCCUGUACAACCCUAAUCCUGCUGCUCUCUCAGUAUUACAUCCAGCUUGUUGUGUAAAAUAGAAACUAUAUGUAGUGAUGUCCAUAACCCUAGAUUAAAACGGACUCGCGUAGACAAGGGAUCUGUGUAUAAACAAACAAAAAACGACUUAAAAAAAAAAAAGUUAUGCUAACCGCUUCCGCUAAGCUAAGGCGUAAAGUGCACUUCAUGAAGCUAACCGCCCACCAGCCUGCUACCAGGGAGGAACCGCCAUAGGGAGCCAGCAACUCGCAGUAUACUAGUGUAUCCUUAUCCUUCAGCUCUUAACGCUCUGAUUCAUGACUUGACCAUGUUCUUCUUUUGACUAUUAACAGAGACUGAAUACUACUUUAUAGCGGGGGGACUUUUACACGAUGGAUUGUAUUACGUGUCUCUGGCAAGAAUGAUGGGAUUAUCUUGAUCUUGAUCUGGAGUUGAUCUGGAGUCCUUUUGCUAAAAUCUCAACUAGAUGGUUUUUUUUGUAAAUAAUGUGAUUUUUAUGUCGACACGUGUUACUUUCACACGAUAAGUGUUUUUGUGUAGCUUUUAAGGAUAUCAUCAUGUGCAAUGUGAGUGCAUAUUUAACUAUGGUAUUUAGUUAGUCUGUUAAUUGUACAUUGAGUUUUAGACCUGUAUAAACUGUGUAAAUGUGGUCCAUUAUUUUUGUGUAACAAAUUGUGCUUGUGACAAUAAAUUCUUAUUGGUUACGUGGUUUCCAAUCAAACACAUG